AUGCCCCUGGCAUCCAUGCUGUUCCCGAAAAACCAGUGCAAAUGUGAAGCCCCCAAAGGGCAGGGAGGCUAUAACUUCCAGGAUGCCCAUGGCCAGAGUGAACUCCCUGCGGUGAAAGCGAGGAGGCGGGCUGAAUUUGAACACUUCCAGAGGAGAGAAGGGUUGCCCCGUUCACCGCCGCUGCUGGCUCAGCCCAACCUCCCCUUUGGGUACCCGGUCCAUGGGGUAGAGGUGAUGCCCCUGCACACGGUUCCCCUCCCAGGCCUUCAGUUUGAAGGACAAGAUGCCCCCUUCUAUAAGGUCACCCUGACAGCGUCUCUGGGGACACUGAACACCCUUGCUGACACCCCGGACAGUGUGGUGCAGGGCAGAGGCCAGAAGCAGCUGACCGUUUCGACCAGUAACCGGAAGCUUUUGAAUUUCGUUCUCCAGCGCCUGACAUACACCAGCACAGUGUACCAGCACCCCAGGGUGGAUGUGGUGAGUCUGGAGUCCAAGUCCUCAGUCGCCAGAUUUCCAGUGACCAUCCGCCAUUCUGUCAUCCCCAGGUUGUAUGACCCUGGACCAGAGAGGAAGCUCAGAGACCUGGUGACCAUCGCCACCAAAACUUUCCUCCGUCCCCACAAGCUCAUGACCAUGCUCCGGAGCAUUCGGGAGUUCUACCCAGACUUGACCGGGAUCGUGGCCGAUGACAGCAAGGAGCCCCUGAAGAUUAAGGACGACCCUGUGGAGUAUUACACCAUGCCCUUUGGGAAGGGCUGGUUCGCCGGUAGGAACCUGGCCAUCUCUCAGGUCACCACCAAAUACGUUCUCUGGGUGGAUGAUGAUUUUCUCUUCAAUGACAAGACCAAGAUUGAGGUGCUGGUGGAUGUCCUAGAGAAAACGGAACUGGACGUGGUAGGUGGCAGUGUGCUCGGGAACGUGUUCCAGUUUAAGCUGUUGCUGGAGCGGAGUCAGAAUGGGGACUGUCUUCACCGGAGGCCAGGCUCUUUCGGACCCCUGGAUGGCUUCCCCCGCUGUGUGGUGACCAGCGGCGUGGUCAACUUCUUCCUGGCCCACACAGAGCGACUGCAGAGAGUUGGCUUCGACCCCCGCCUGCGGCGAGUGGCUCACUCAGAGUUCUUUAUUGAUGGGCUCGGGAGCUUGCUUGUGGGGUCGUGCCCAGAAGUGAUCAUAGGUCACCAGGCCCGUUCUCCAGCGGCGGACCUGGAGACGAUGUACAGCACGUUCCGGACCAACACCCACGACCAGAUCCGGUUCAAGCUGGCUCUCCAUUACUUCAAGAACCAUCUCCAGUGCUCCACAUAA